AUGCACACUGGUUUUACAUGUAAACACAACCAGUGUCCAGCAGAUGGAGAUACAAUUUAUCUGUGUGUGUGUGUGUGUGUGUGUGUGUGUGUGUGUGUGUGUGUGUGUGUGUGUGUGUGUGUGUGUGUGUGUGUGUGUGUGUGUGUGUGUGUGUGUGUCCUAAAUCACAUUCCCCUGGUAGCUAAGCUGAAAUCGACGCUCUCCGAGUCUGAGAUGAUGGACACCCUUAUUCAGCAGCAGCAGCUUCACUCCGGUGUUGGUGAUUCUUUCUUGGAGCACUUAUGUUUGUUGGAUAUUGAUCAGGAGCCAAUAACUGCACGGAACACUGGCAUCAUCUGCACCAUUGGCCCAGCAUCUCGGUCUGUAUCCAAGCUUCAGGCUAUGGUGAAGGCAGGAAUGAACAUCGCUCGCCUCAACUUCUCCCAUGGAACCCACGAGUAUCACAGAGAAUCUAUCCGGAAUAUCCGUGAGGCAGUGGAGUCGUUGACUGCUGACCCUAUGACCUAUGGACCAGUGGCUAUUGCUUUGGACACCAAAGGACCUGAAAUACGCACUGGUCUAGUGCAAGGGCUGGUGGAUGGUGAGGUAAAGCUGGAACGUGGCUCCAUGGUGACGGUGGUGACGGCAGAAGCGGAACGGGAUGUGACUGACAGUUCCCGCAUUUGGGUUGAUUAUACUGAUCUGUCUCGUGUGGUAAAAAAGGGGGGAACCAUCUACAUCGACGAUGGACUAAUUUCUCUUACAGUGCUGCGCAUUGGUGAUGGGUGGGUGGAGACUUGGGUGGAGAGUGGUGGCAUUCUGUAUAGUCGUAAAGGAGUGAACCUGCCAGGGGCAGAGUUAGUGAACUUGCCAGCAGUGAGUGAACAAGAUAAAGCCGACCUGCAACUUGGAGUGGACGAGGGAGUAGACAUCGUCUUUGCUUCUUUUAUCCGCUGUGCCGAGGAUGUGAGGGCUGUGCGGAGGACUCUAGGGCAGGGUGGAGCCAAAAUUAAAGUAAUCAGCAAGGUGGAAAACAGACAGGGCGUACAAAAUUUUGAUGAGAUUCUGAGGGAGAGCGAUGGAGUGAUGGUUGCUCGUGGUGAUUUAGGGAUCGAGAUUCCAGCAGAGAAAGUGUUCAUUGCACAGAAAAUGAUGAUUGGACGUUGCAACUCAGCUGGAAAACCAGUCAUCUGUGCCACACAGAUGUUGGAGAGUAUGGUAUUUAAUGCCCGGCCAACCCGUGCUGAGAGUAGUGACGUAGCCAACGCAGUGCUGGAUGGAGCUGACUGCGUCAUGCUCUCUGCAGAGACAGCUAAAGGCCGCUACCCAGUGGAGGCAGUGUCCAUGAUGCACUCAAUCUGCAGGGAGGCCGAGGCGGCUCUGUUCCACCAGCGGGUAUUUGAGGAUCUGAGGCGUCUCACUCCUCCCAGUUCAGAUCCCACAGAGGUGACGGCGAUCGGAGCAGUCGAAUCGAGUUUCAAAUGCAGUGCAGGAGCUAUCAUCGUCCUUACUACGUCUGGAAGGUCCGCCCACCUGUUGUCUCGGUACCGCCCUCGCUGUCCCAUCAUUGCAGUGACGAGGAAUGCUCAGAUGGCCCGUCAAUCACAGCUUCUUCGGGGAAUAUUCCCCGCCAUCUUACAAGCACCCCCUGUUAAGAUUUGGGCUGAUGAUGUUGACAACAGGGUCACUUUCGGCAUGAACAUAGGUAAAGCACGUGGUUUUUUUAAACCAGGUGACAUGGUGAUCGUAGUAACUGGAUGGAGCCCUGGAUCUGGACACACAAACAUCAUGAGAGCAGUGAUGGUGCCAUAAAUCCUCAACUCUGAUUGACAGCAUUUAAAAUUCUAACUCUGACUGGACACUUUAAAUUCUUCAAUAUGACAAAUACUGACUCGCAUUAUUGAUUAAAUGUUUCCUAUAAUUAACUGAAUAAAAUAAAAGUAAAAUUGAAACACGUGAAAAGAAA